UAAACCUAGUGCUGCAUCCUAGAAGCCCUUACUGUAGACUUUUAGGUCUGGAGUUGGAGACAUUCCUUGCCAGAACAGCCGUGCGAGCUGACGGGAGGGGCGGGACAGAGGGCUACCUAACAAUCGGAAAGUAGCAGCCUGAGGUACCACCAGACUUCUUUGCUUUGGAGGUGUAGAUUGGCCAAACUCGACUACAAGCUUUCAGUUGAAUGGGUCAACCUCGCUGUGCAUCAUUUAAAUGCUCUUUCUAGCGCGCCAUCCAUAGCAAAUCCUAUUUUCCAGUUUAAAUCUAAUGCUUCAGACUGGCAAGUAAACAAGGACAAACUGAAUGUGUAACUGUUUAGGGGAGACUCAAGGAAAGAUAAAACAGCGGGACAUGAUGACUGAGAAAGAAUCGGCAACAGACAAGAUAAUAGCAGAUGCAAUGGCAACUCCCUCUCCAGCAAAGAGCAUGGGUGACCCUGGCAUCACCCCACUGUCACCCUCCCACAUUCAGCAAAAUGACACGGACUCGAAUGCCCACACGGGACCUUCGUUCAUCGUGGUGGUUGCUAUCGACUUUGGCACCACUUCCAGCGGCUAUGCUUACGCCUUCACUAAGGAGCCAGAAUGCAUUCACACCAUGAGACGCUGGGAGGGCGGCGACCCCGGAGUGUCCAAUCAGAAGACGCCUACCACCAUCCUCCUGACCCCGGACAGGAAGUUCCAUAGUUUUGGCUAUGCAGCACGUGACUUCUACCACGACCUGGACCCUACCGAGUCCAAGCACUGGCUCUACCUGGAGAAGUUCAAAAUGAAACUCCAUACAACAGCGAAUCUCUCCAUCGACACAGAACUCCAUGCAGCCAAUGGGAAGAGAGUAAAAGCUAUUGAUAUCUUUGCAUAUGCUCUGGCGUUCUUCAAGGAGCAAGCACUAAAGGAGUUGAGUGACCAGGCGGGUGCAGAGUUUGACAAUGCAGACAUCAGAUGGGUCAUCACAGUGCCAGCCAUCUGGAAAAUGCCAGCCAAGCAGUUCAUGAGGGAGGCAGCCUACAAGGCUGGUCUGGUUCCCCGUGACAACCCAGAGCAGCUGAUUAUUGCCCUUGAGCCCGAGGCAGCCUCCAUCUACUGCCGCAAGCUCCGCCUCCACCAGAUGAUUGACAUUGGCACCAAGACCAACCAGAAUGGUUUCAGCCCCACUGAGAAUGUAGGGGCAGGGAUGACCCAGGCCAAGGAGCCUGUCCGGAGCAAACGGCAGAGCCGCACCUUUUUGGUGGAAAAUGUCAUAGGGGAGCUUUGGUCGGAGCUGGAAGAAGGUGACCGCUAUGUAGUGGUUGACUGUGGUGGCGGAACGGUUGACCUCACGGUCCAUCAGAUUCGGCUCCCUGAGGGACAUCUCAAGGAGCUCUAUAAGGCCUCAGGCGGUCCUUAUGGCUCCAUUGGUAUUGACUAUGAGUUUGAGAAACUCCUGUGUAAGAUCUUCGGGCCCGACUUCAUCGACCAGUUUAAGGUCAAGCGGCCGGCUGCCUGGGUGGAUCUGAUGAUCGCGUUUGAGUCCAGGAAACGGGCAGCGGCCCCGGACAGGACCAACCCCCUGAAUAUCAACCUGCCCUUCUCCUUCAUCGACUACUACAAGAAGUUCAGAGGUCACAGUGUGGAGCACGCCCUGCGCAAGAGCAAUGUGGACUUUGUGAAGUGGUCCUCCCAGGGCAUGCUGAGAAUGAACCCUGAUGCCAUGAACGCCCUCUUCAAGCCCACCAUAGAUCACAUCAUUCAGCACCUCACUGAUCUCUUUGAGAAGCCGGAGGUGUCUGAUAUCAAGUUCCUGUUCCUAGUGGGCGGCUUCGCUGAGUCGCCCCUGCUGCAGCAGGCGGUGCAGAACAUGCUGCAAGGACGCAGCCGCAUCAUCAUCCCCCACGAUGUGGGCCUCACCAUCCUCAAGGGGGCCGUUCUCUUCGGCCUGGACCCCAGCAUCAUCAAGGUGCGCCGCUCGCCCCUCACCUACGGCGUGGGCGUCCUCAACCGCUACGUGGAGGGCAAGCACCCGCCCGACAAGAUGCUGGUGAAGGACGGCACGCGCUGGUGCACCGACGUCUUCGACACCUUCAUCACCUGCGAUCAGUCCGUGGCCCUGGGAGAGACGGUGAAGCGUAGCUACACGCCCGCCAAGCCCAGCCAGCAGGUCAUCGUUAUCCACAUCUACUGCUCGGAGAAGGAAGGCGUGGGCUUCAUCAGCGAGCUGGGCGUGAGGAAGUGCGGCACGCUGCGGCUGGAUGUGACCGGUACGGAGAGCACCGUCGUGCGCCGUGAGAUCCAGACGCUCAUGCAGUUUGGGGACACGGAGAUCCGAGCCAUGGCGGUGGAUGUAGCCACUUCGCGUACCGUCAAGGCUAGCAUCGACUUCCUCAGUCAGUAAAUAGGGUGAAAUGGAGCAAUAAGGUCAAAGGGUCAUAGGAAGUGAAACCUCCAGCAGCACACACACAAUGAGCCAAGGGACAGUGGCUAGAAUGUAGAAGUAUAUUGAUCUUUGGGCCUGUUCAGAUGAGCAUGAGGGCUAGUUUGUUUCUGCUUUAGCUGACUCCUUGGUCAGAAACAAACUAGCACUCAGGUUUUAUCCCUGUGUACCAUCUGUGUAUCUAGUCUUAAGUGCAGGCUAUAUUGAUGUGCUCUACUCUAGAGAUGUUUAGAUUGGAGUAUGUACAGAGAUGCAACACAGCUUUGUACUAUAGGCAUAUAUUGCUAUUGAUACGUACAGCCUUGUUUCAGGUCCAUUGUGUGUUAUCUGUGGUUGUGUGCUGUAGCUGUGUUAGGUCAUGGUAGGUUGAUACUGUAGUACCCCCUAUCUUGCAGCUCUUACAGCUACAACACUAUGCUAUGACACAAUGCUCCACAAACCUAUGUCCUCUCCAACCCUCGCUCAUGGGACCAAAUUUUCAUAACUGCUAUGACCAUUAGGCAUUUAAACCGAACUCCUGGGGUUUCCUUGAACAACAGUUAAAAACUAUCAUUCAGAUGCUUAUCCUACUCAUCAGACCAGAGUUUUAUUGAGUCAGGGUUGGAGAGCACCUGAGAUGAGGGAAGGCAGUGGUUCUCCAACAACAACACUCCACUUGAUCAGUUAAACUUCACAGGAUAGCUUUCAAAUCUGUAUUUAUCUCUACCGUCUCCUGUGGUUAGGCAUGAGAUGCCAUAGAAAGGAGUUAUAUUACCUUAUGAAAACAAACUUGGUGCAUUAGCUUUUAAAAUACAUUUGAAGUCAUGGAAACUCAGUUCAUUUUUGGUCAAAUGUAAGCAGAUGGUCUCCUAUCCUGUCAACAAUAUCUGUUUAAGGCAAAGGUUGGCUUCUAAAUGUGGCUUAUUCAGCACUGCAAACAAAUCUAUGUGUUAGAAAUAUAGAGAGACUAACAACUAGCUGUUUAGACGUCAGGCUUGAUUGUCAAGACGUUCUAUAAUUUCUUACAAACAAUGUAAAAAUCCACCUCACUGUUUUAACAUGUUGCGCUGAUCCACAACAAAAUAUAAAUCCGAGAAUGUGAAAAGUGGCAGAGUUGACAAUGCUGCUAGCUGAACCGGCAAACUGAUUUGAAUAUAGCCAUUGCGAUGUGCUUUGUGGUUGCCUUCAUUUGUUAUGCUUAUGAGACGACAGAGGACAAAAAGACCCUGAAUUUCCUUCUUGACUAUCUGAAAUUCAGGAGAUUGUGUCGGCCGUUGAAAAGGAAAGAUGAAAUUGAAAAUAUGUUUAUUUCUGUAAAUACAGUAUUUAAAUAUUGUACAGAUUUUUAGCGUUAUGAUUUUAGCAGCUUUAGAACCGAGAGUAUGUAUGCUUUCGCACAGACACCUUUUCCCAUUAUUCUCACCAGCCAUAGCAUGUGAGUCGGGGCAGUAUUUGAAUGCCGCGUUCAUCGACAAUGAGUGAAAGUGAGCAUUGAAAGAGACCUUGAAUACCUUUCCUUAAACAUGAGUGGUUCUUGUUAUGGAACAUGGAGUUUCUUUGGGUUGGGCAAAUAUUUGUGUUUGCUUUGUAACUAUUCAAUUUGUAUUUAGUUAAAUGUUUACAAUAAAAUCACUGUCCCAAUUUGGCUUUUGAAAAACCUGUAUUCAAAAUAUCAAUAGCAAAUAUUUGUUGGGGUCUUUCUAACUACAGUAAUUGGCAAAUGAUACUGACAGACACCAGGUCAACUGAAACUAUACCUCAACCACCCUGCAAAUAAUAUAAAAUGACAGUUCCAAAUCAUUGUCUUUCCAACAAAUGUAAUACAAGAGCAAUAAAACCUUACAAUUGCAAGGUUUUGUUCCUUACCACAAUAUAACUCAACCAUUUACAUU